AAUGCAUAUUGUGAGUUUGGGUGUGUGUUGUAACCGCAAAGCAAUGUCUAUCAUGACAAUUAUGACAUUGCUGUGUCCGUCGAUAUUUUUUGCGUUGCACUUAUAGCGUGGUAAUAAAUAACUAUAUUUAUAUUAUGAAUGGGCGCACGCCUAAAAAAUGACAGCGCCAAAUGUCAACAUGGCUCGCGGAUUUAGAAUAUUAACCUAAUUCGAUUUUUUGAAAAGCGUGAAGGUUUGCGGCUGGUUCGCGAACGAUUUUCAUGGAUUGUUGUUAAAUUAUUUAAACAAUGGCUCUCUUGUGGGUCGGUUCUGAUGUGGACUUGCCAACGUUACACAACUGUAGGUCGGCGGAGAGGUUAGAAUUUAGGCUGGCCUGUUUGGCAAAUAAAAAGCACAGCAAUUUCCGGUCAUGUAAGGAUUUUAGUGAAGUUUUGAUGCAGCAGAAUGGAAGUCAUAGACGUUCGGGAACUUGGCCGAGAACACGAUCGCUGAACGCGCCGUCGCCCGUACAACAUUUUGGACCAUGUGGACGUAUCAUGAAAAAUUCCGCCAUGGUUAUGACCAUACAAGAUCCCGCUAGUCAAAGGCUUACCUGGUACAAGCCCCCCCUGACCGUUCUGGUAAUAAAGAAGGUUCGAGAUGCAUCAGUCUAUUCUCCGUUUGUGGACCUCGUUCACUGGCUCAUUGAGGAAAAACGUAUGGUGGUGUUUGUGGAGGCCGCCGUGAUGGAGGACGCGAACCUUGAUCAGUUCAAGUCGUUCGCGGGGGUUAAGGACAAACUGAUGACCUUCCGCGACGGCAAGGACGACCUCACGGACAAAAUCGAUUUCAUCAUUUGCUUGGGAGGCGACGGGACGUUGCUCUACGCCAGUCAGCUGUUUCAGCAGUCGGUGCCGCCGGUGAUGGCCUUCCAUCUCGGUUCAUUGGGGUUCCUCACGCCGUUCCGUAUCGACAAUUUCCAAGGUCAGGUCAAUAACGUUCUCGAGGGUCACGCUGCGUUGACCUUGAGGAGCAGGCUGAGGUGCAUCGUGAUCAAAAAGGGGGAACAGUCGAGGACAGAAGAUUCGGCCAACAUAAAUAAGACGCCGUCGAGCUUUCUCGUGUUGAACGAGGUAGUCGUCGAUCGGGGACCGUCGCCGUAUUUGUCGAACAUCGACCUAUUUCUCGACGGCAAACACAUUACCUCCGUGCAAGGGGAUGGGCUGAUCGUUAGCACCCCGACGGGUAGUACCGCGUACGCUGUGGCGGCCGGCGCUUCUAUGAUUCACCCCAGCGUUCCCGCCAUAAUGGUGACGCCCAUAUGCCCGCACUCGUUGAGCUUUAGGCCGAUCGUCGUUCCCGCCGGUGUCGAACUGAAGAUCGCGGUGUCUCCCGAGAGCAGGAAUACCUCGUGGGUGUCAUUCGACGGGCGGAAUAGGCAGGAGCUCGUGCACGGCGAUAGUUUAAGGGUGACGACAUCUAUAUAUCCCGUGCCGAGCAUAUGCUCCCAGGAUCAGAUUUCGGAUUGGUUCGAUUCUCUGGCAGAGUGUCUACACUGGAACGUGAGAAAAAGGCAGAAGCACCUAGACGAGCUCACUGAUCUCACGCACUCUAGCUCCAACGACACUUUAGAUUCUUUAGACAGGGAACUAACAGACAAAGAGUCAUAGUAUAAAAUCAGGUCGGGGUUGUUAUUUCAUUCGUUGAAUUGAUUUAAGGAGAAAAAAAAAUAAUUUAAAAAUAAAUCGUUUCAGGUGGAUAGCGCUUAAUGUUCAUGUCACAAUGUAGUUUUUAAUUUUUAGCUUUCCAUUUGCACAGUAAUAAUUACAAAGUAAUAAUUUUAGGCGCGUAGAAAACUCUUUGUCGAAGUAAUAUUCUUGUUUAAAACAAUGUUGCAAUCGUUCUAAGGUGAUAAUUAGUGGUUUAUAUAUUUUUUAUACACUCAGGUUAAGGUGAUGUAUAGUAUAGUUUUGUAUAAAUUGAAUGCUUUAGGCGGUUGUUCAUCACGAAUAAUACCAAAAACGAAAAAAUAAGUAAGAUAAAAGUUGAUAGCAGGUCCAAAUAAAAUAAAUAUACAGGUGCCAACCCUUGUUAUGUGUUGAGAACAAUUUUGUUUGUAAUUUUUUUUUAAAAUAAAUUUGUUCAUUUUU